GAAGAACUUUAUUCUUCAAAAUAAAUAGAAAAAUUCUAAAUUUUUUUUAUUAUUUCUAAAAAGUACGAGGUUUUUUUUCACAAUAAAGCGAAAAUAUGAAGCUUAAAGUAGUGGUUUUCCAUUAGUCUUUGAUCCUGGAAUCAUAAAAUAAUUUUUUAAUAUCCUCUCUUGAAUUUGUAUUCGCGAAAAUAAAUUUCAGCGUAAUUCACUAUAUUAAGGACCUCGACUUGUAAGAAUAACAGGAAAAUUUCUCCCGCUCAGGUAUACUACGAGAAUUUUUAUUUUGCAAUAUAUAUUUUGUUCUAUCUUGCUACUCUUGUGUUAUGUACCAUUAAAAACAUGAGAGCAGCAACAGCUGCUUCAGAAAUAAAAACAAAAAAGUAUAACACCUUACAUUGGCGUGAAGAACAGAAAAAAACAAAAACAACAACAAAAAACAAUAACGACAACAACAGCAAAAGAAUAUUUUUUCAAUCUAAUUGCUUAACUCGGAAUUUUUAAUGAAAAUCUUAUAGCUAACUUCGUCCUGAUUUCAUUUUUUGCAUUAUGUCUAUCCAUUAUUCCAUGUAUUUACACGUGCAAACUUUGUAACAUAUCUUAACACAGCAGGGUAUAUACACACAUACAACCAAAUCAUAUUGUUUACUAAAAGAUGAGUGAUGUGGAUCAUGUCACCUUCACAGCGAUGUUGCAAGAUGUUGGAAACUAUCUUAUCUUUGCAAGAGAUACGUUAGCUAUUAUUGGCGUGAUCUACACUACCAAGCUUGUCUUGUCAUUUGCUGUGAAAACAUGGUCUGCAAUGAGAACUUAUGUUGUACCAAGGUUUUGGUAUGCCAGAGAUUUUAGCGAAAAAUAUGGCGGAAGCUGGGCAGUUAUCACUGGUGCGUCUGAAGGACUUGGUCGCUCAUAUGCUCGUAAGUUGGCGAAGAGGGGAAUGAAUGUGUUUUUAGUAAGUAGAAAUAUUGAAAAACUUCAAAAGGUGGAAGAUGAGAUUAGGUCGUUGUAUAAAGUAGACGUGAAAUGUUUUGCUAUGGACUUAUGCUUGUUAUCAAACCGAGAAGAAUACGAGAGACUUGGAAACGAGAUAGGCAAGCUAGAUGUGGGUCUUUUAGUUAAUAAUGUUGGAAUAUUCUACGAUAGACUGCAAUAUUUUUUAACAGUUCCGAAAGAAACCCAACUUAAAAUAAUCGAUUUAAACAUCAGUGCUACCAUUUUGAUGACGUAUCUUGUUUUACCUUAUAUGGUACAAAGAAAAAAUGGCGCCAUCAUUAAUAUCGCGUCAAUAGCAAGUGUGCAUCCCACGCCCCUCAUGACGACAUACUCCGCAGCAAAGGGUUUCGUGGACACAUUUACACGAGCGCUUCAGUACGAAUAUUCCAGUGAAGGUGUGACAUUCCAAGCUGUGCAACCUGGCUAUGUCAGUACAGCGAUGACGCAUCAUGCCGCGUCAAAUUUUAUGAUGGUGGACCCAGAUGUUUAUGCAGAACAUGCGUUACGCACGCUAGGUGUCACGCAGCGUUGCUAUGGUUACUGGUUUCAUGGUUUGUUUGGAUUUGUGGGCGAGCUUUUGCCCGAACGUGUUUACAUGUUUUGUACUGUGUACUUAAACCCUGUUCUCUAUCGAUGGUUGACUGGACUUUCUGUGAGCAAGGAAAAGUCACAAUGAAUUGUUUUCUGCAUUCAAUAAUGGCGUUGUUGUUGGUAUGCAAAAGAAACUGUCAGGGUACCUCAAAUAACUUUUUUACAGAGUUAAUAUAAAUAUAUUAGUUUUUAUUUAUAUUAACAGAGUUAAUAUAAAUAAACUUGUUAUUAAUUUGGGGGAUAUUUUGAAAGCGCGAAAUAGCUGCGAUUUUUUUAAUUGCAGCUUUGUUCGCUUUUCAUUUGCUUGCAAAUUGAUAUAUAUUUAUGAAUUUUUUUCUUCAAUUUAUUUUGUAAGCAUUGCUUAUGUAUAUGCUUGUAAAAACUCUUAUUUCGGCCUCAAAACAUGCUUACAAUAUACUUAAAUAUUCUUUCCUUUAUAAAAUGUAUAAAAUUUGGAUUGCACUGCGGCGACACAAGGUCCAGUUGUACUGACCACGGCUCCUCUGUCUGUUAAGCCAGGGGGGAUCUUAGAUUUCGUUUGCACAUCUUAGAUUCCGUUUGCACAUGUAAUCCCCUUUUUGUAAUAUGAAUUUUAAAAUGAUGCAAGGUACCCUUUUGAUUUAUUGUUUUAGAUUCAUUAUUUUUUUGCACAAGAAAAAUUGAGCUUGACAUUAACCUUCACUUGGUGCAGCUGGACCUUGACAUGGUUCAGCUGGACCUUGACAUUAUGCAGCUGCACCUCGACACCUUCUUUUAAAAUAAUAAUUCCUGAUUUUCCUGAAGUUUGAUUCUUCCCGAGACAUCUAAGGUGUCUGGAGGUGAAAGAAUAAACUCUCAUAUCUUCUGUUAAAGAACAUUGAUCGCUGAGAUUGCCCUUUACCUGAAAACGACUUUAUGGCAGUGCUCUUUUAAAAAUAUUUAACAAAGCUUAAAAAAUCUCUAAUUUUCUGUUUUUAAUGGUAAUCCGAUAGUCCUCCAAACAUUCACUAAAUAAAAAAAACACGUAUUUAUUAAGACAUUUGACAGAUCGUCAAAAAUAUCAAAUGUAAUUCUUAACUCUCCUUCUGAUACAACAAAAUCCCAUUCUUUGCCAUUCUUUAUCAUGUUGACUGUUAUCUAAAUCUCGAGCGUAUCCUGUUUCCACCAUCACCUCUUCUGGAAUCGGUUUAUUAUUUGGCGCCUAUUAUUGGUUCAGUUAUAAGCGGAUCAAUGCAGGAAAAUCUCAAUCGAGGAAAGGUUCGCGAUCCCCUUACCAUUCGUUUUUCCUGACGCCUUCCAGUAUUUUUUUAUCACAGGCUUUCCACAUUUAGAUUUGAUGUAGUCGUUUGAAAUUUUCUUUUGAUGCAAAUACUUAAGAUAUUUCCCUGUAAACCUUCAUAUAGCAAAACAACGAUAGAAAUAACUC